AUGGGGCCCCCCGGGCGAUAGGGGAUCAUGGGGCUCCUGUGUCCUUGCCCAAACUCAAAAAAGCCUAUGAAAAAGUAUAUCAUUUUUUUUUUUUAUGGAUUGGCCAUCAAACUACCCUAAAGCAAGCUUAUAUUGCUUUCAGCAGAUAGUUAGCCCAUGUACAUUCCAUAUCAGGGGUGGAAUGACAACUCAUGGGGCCCCUGGGCAAUAGGGGAUCAUGGAGCCCCUGUGUCCUUGCCCAAACUCAAAAAAGCCUAUGAAAAAGGUACCAGGGGCAUCUCAUGGGGCCCCCUACUGACCUCGGAACCUCGGGCAGUCCCGAGUUUCUAAAUGGUCAGUCCGCCCCUGUUCC